AGAAUGGCUUCUGUAUACUCAGUUGAACAACGGGGACAAUCUAACAGUUUGAAUUACAGACUAUUCUUUAAGGAUCAGAAGGGGAAAAUUGUUUCACCAUGGCAUGACAUUCCUCUAAGAGUGCCUGGAACAGAUAAUGUUUUUAAUAUGAUUGUUGAAAUUCCACGAUGGACCAAUGCCAAAAUGGAGAUCUGCAAAGAAGAAAAGUUAAAUCCUAUAAAACAAGAUAUUAAGAAAGGAAACUUAAGAUUUGUUAAAAAUAUAUUCCCUCAUCAUGGAUAUAUUUGGAAUUAUGGUGCACUUCCACAAACUUUUGAAGAUCCAACAUGGAUGACUGAAUCUGAUCAUGGUAAAACUAAAGGUGAUCAAGAUCCAUUAGAUGUUUGUGAAAUAGGAAGCAAGGUACAUGCUAGAGCAUCAGUUAUUCAAGUUAAAGUAUUAGGUGUUAUGUUAUUAGUAGAUGAAGGUGAAACAGAUUGGAAGAUAAUAGCUAUUGAUGUCAAUGAUCCUAAAGCAGAUAUGGUCAAUGAUAUUGGUGAUGUUAAAAAAGUUUUUCCUGGUCUGUUAUCAGCCACACAUGAAUGGUUUAAAUACUAUAAAGUGCCUGAUGGAAAGCCAGAAAAUAUAUUUGGUUGGAAUGGAGAGGCUAAAAAUAAGGCCAAAGCUUUAGAAGAAAUACAAUGUGCACAUGUUCAGUGGACAAAAUUAAUCCAAGAACCUAAUUCAUUUGGUUUCAAAUGUGAGAACACCAAUACCCCUGGUAGUAAUAUGAUAGAAAAUGAAGAGGCUAGAAAAAUAGUAGAUGAAAUUCCACCAGCAUCUGAAGGUCCACAAAUUAGUUCUUCUGUUGAUGUAGUACAUUAUGUGAUUCCAUCUGGUGAAGUGUGAUAAAACCAGAUAUUCUUAGUUAUCUUCAUUUUAUAUUAAUCAUGAAAUUCAUCAAUCUCAUUUUAAUACAAUAAUAGUAGAAUCUUCAACCGUAUUAUUAUACAAUUAAUACCUUGUGGGAAAUAUAUUAUUUAUACAAUUAAUUAAUUAUUCUUCAAAAAGUAGAGCUGAUUGCAAUACAUAUCAAAUUCUAUACCCAGGUCAUAUUUCUUAAAUUACAAAACACCAAAACAUCUAAGUAUGUCAUUGUUUCUUACAAUUUGACCUGACAUAUUCUACAUAUUUGAACCUUUUCAGUUGCAUGCAACAUUUUUCUUAUUUGAUUUGCAAUAACCUCUACUUUUUGGUAAAGAGAUCUAGUAUCUAGUAACUUUUCAUGUCUAUCAAAUUAACUAUUCUUCAGUGUGUUAUAUUAAAUUAUGAUAAUUGUUUUAACUUUUGAAUCCAUCUCAUUGUCUUUAAUAUUACCGCGUUACAUGGUAGCUACAAUAAUAAACCCAUUGUAUUAUUGAUCUAGUUGUUAUGUUAAAGAAUUACAUUUUUCUUCAUUGUGCUUUGUUUAGUGUAACCUUCUGAAUCACUGAUUAUUGGGUUGAUUUUCUUUAUGAUUUUGACUGUUAUUUCGGUUAUGUUAUCAAAAUAAAUAGUGUAAACUUUGUAUGUAAAUUAGAAUAUAGGCUAAAUGACAAGAUCUAGACAUAAUAUCUAGAGAGCAAAGAUAAACUGGUUUGUUUUCCUGCCUGCUACACGCAGGGCUGACAUCGACAGUGUUUUGUCAUUUGGAUGGGACAAUAAACGGUCACCCUGUGUGCUACAGACUGGGCACGUUCCCUUGAUCCCUUGGAAAUCGAAAAAGACCAGGCAAAAAAUUGCACCCUCAUUUCACUCAGCAU